UUAAAUAAAUACAUGAAAAUAUUUUAACAAAGAGCGUAAAUUUUUAAUAAAAAUGAAUGUUCAAAAACGAAAAAAAAAUUACUUUCAUAAUCAUGGAAAUAAUAAAAAAAAACGUAAACAAUUUAAUUUGGAACCAGGUAUGAAAGGUUUUUUAUGCACAUGUAAUUUCUCUGAAAAGGAAUGUGUACGUGAUGCUUAUAAAAUACUUAAUGAAUUUGCUGAUGAGAUUUAUGGAUUAGAUUCUAAAAAGGAUUCUGACAAUAAGAAUAUUAAAGUUUCUGAUAUAAAAAAAGAUGAAACAAAAUAUAACGAUAAUGAAGAUGACAUUUCAGUUGUUUUAAAUAAAGAAAUUAAUGAAUUAAAAGCAGAAUAUUCAAAACCAAUAAAUGCCAGAAGAUUUCAGGUAAUUGACACUGGUGUUAAAAAUAUAAUUUUUAUAAGGAGUUCUUUGACAAAUCCAUUAGAAUUAGUUACUAAAAUUAUCACUGAAUUAUAUAAUACAAAACAGCAACGUACAAGAUAUUUGUUAAGAUUACUUCCAGUUGAAGUUAUUUGUAAAGCAAAUAUGAAUGAUAUCAAAUCAAAAGCAGAUGUAAUGCUUGAAAAAUAUUUUGCACAGGAACCAAAAACAUUUAGUAUUGUAUUUAAUCGUCAUAGUAAUAAUAAUAUAUAUAGAGAUGAAAUCAUUGAAGACUUAGCAGAAAUAAUAAACAAAAAGAAUCCUGGAAAUAAGGCAGAUCUAAAAAAUCCAGAACUUGCUGUAAUAGUAGAAAUGGUACGUGGUGUUUGUCUUAUGUCCGUUGCUCCCAAUUAUUAUAAAUUCAAAAAAUAUAAUUUGUUAGAAAUAUGUAAUACAAAAGAACCCAUAAAAUAGAAAAAGAAAAAAGUAAGAUAAAAUUUGAAGAAAUAUGUAUUACAGAAGACAAAAAUUUAAUAAGAGAAAUAAAUUAUGGUAACGAAGAUUCAAAUAAUUGAUGUAAAUUAAAUUAAUAUUGUUUUAUAAAUUUAU